AUGGCAACCACCGAGUCCGAUUCCGACACCGAAUCCAUAUUUGAAAGCGAAGAAUACAGGGCGAUCCAUGACUUGAUGAGGAAGAACAAAAAGGCGUGCCCUUGCCUUAACUUUAUAUUCUGGCGUCGGUGGAAUAAAGGCCCAGAUUUCAUACCAAAGCAUCUUGAUGACCAGCUUGAAGCCCCCACAGUGGCGCAUAAUCUCGCUUACGGCAGCCCUGAGAUGAUACGAUACCGUCUGAAAAAGAUUAUUGGCUCUGCAACUUCCGUUACCUUGAAUCUUGAUCUGCUGUUCGAUUACCAAGUGGAAAUAUCACACUUUUUCGAAGGCAAGCGGUACGACUAUCCUUUGCCACUGUACGGCAUUCUGUUGUAUGGCGACAAAAAGGACCUGAAAACGAAUUUGAUCAUCACGAGAGAGGACGAGAAAGGGAUGACAGAGAGCAAGGGAACAGAGGUGUGCGGUACCGCUUUGCUCAUGUACCAAGCCAUGAGGAAGGUGGGGUUGAAGCGAGAGAUGUAUGGAAUUGUGACAGAUAGUUACAAGUGGCAUUUUACGCGCAUUUCUCGCAAUGGUCAGUGCUAUUCCAAGUCCUUCGAAUGGGAUAUCGAGGACCAACGAAGAUCUAUCCUACGCCUCCUUCGUAAAAUUGUGGUCGAGGCUCUUCAAUUAGCUCAAGAGGAUGAUGACCCUUACGGUAUUUCUACACAGGGCAUAAGCGAAGCUGCUGGAUGUGUGAUAGAGAUCGACCACUAUGCAAGCGAUGCAGACUCAAUACCUUCAACAGACUCGCAAGAGAAUUAA